AUGAGCUUUAUUCUUAAAGACUACGGAGAUAAGUACGGCCCUCUCAUCCGGGUUGGGCCGAAUGAGGUCAUGUUCGGCGAUGCGGACACCUACCGAAGGAUCAACGGCGUCCGUUCGGAGUUUAUAAAGGGUCCAUGGUACGAGCCGUCCCGGAUCCUGCCCGAUCAAGAUAGCCUCUUUUCUAUGCGCGAUGAUGAUUUGCGGAAGGACUUAAAGGCUAAGCUCGCCCCUGGUGUUCGUAUUUGA